GCGGGAACUAUUUCAGUUAAAAUUAAGACCAUAACUCCGCGGGACCCUAGAUGAUUUUUGUCCCUGAUGGAGAUGGUGGAUGAUGGAGAGAUUGGAGAGAGAGCUCCAAAGAAAGAGACAGUUGCCAGUGGAGUCAAGACUCUCAGGGUCUUUCGGAUUUUUCACGCUAAAAACUUACCACUUGCGAGAGAAAGCGUUGGAUUUAUUGAAGAUUUAAAAUUUUAUUUUUUAUUGUGGUGAGGGUGUGCGUGGGUGUGGACGCUCUCAAGAAUAAAAUGAUCCAGUGAUUAUUUAGCUCUCUCUUUUCUACCAGAGACCAGUUGGUCUGAUAUCAAUGAGCUAGCUGACUAGCAACAAUUGUACAAGCACGAGAGAGAAGAGGAAGAGUUUCUGUAGACGCCAGUCGAUGCCGGAUCGUGAGAGUGCGUGGGCGUAUUUUCUCGCUUACAAUUUAUCCUCCAGUAUUUUAGUGUCACCUGGAGAUAUAACAAGUCGUUUGUUGACGUCGACAUAAUUCUUCAGACUUAUGAUAGCCAAAAAAAAAUUAUCCACUGCUUUGUGAUUAGUUUUAUUGUUUUUUAACUGUUAAUAAAUAUUAUUAUUAUUAUUAAUAUUACCAUUGUAGAUAUAGUUGUAAUUAAUCAGCGUGUGAAGAAAGAUGAAGCUACCGUGGAUUAUUUUUGUGCUGAUCUACGGAGCGUUGGGUUUCAAUCUUGAGUGGAGGAUACCUGUUAUCAAACGUGGACGGAGCGAUUCUUAUUUUGGGUACUCGGUAGCAGAGCACCAAGAAAUACUUGAGGAUGAUAACAAAUCAAUAAGCUGGAUUCUAGUUGGCGCACCUUUGGAUCAAAAUAGACAACCUGGUACAAACAGAUCUGGGGCAUUAUGGCAGUGUCCAUUGACUACUAAAACAAAUGAUUGUGAGCAAGUUAUUACGGACGGCAGGCUUAAAAAUAAAUAUUCAAUUUAUUUUGUUAUCUUUUUUUUUUUUUUUUAUAUUUUUUACGGGCAUUUGCUAUGCUCAUUUUUAUUAAAUGAAAGCUAUGUUGACUCUGACGAACUGAUACCACCCGGAAACGAUGAGAUAAAAGACGGGCAAUGGCUCGGAGUUACUGUCAGAAGUCAAGGAGCUGGUGGAAAAGUUAUGGUAUGCGCUCAUCGGCAUAUUGUAAAAACUGCGGACUCCCAAUGGGGACAAGGCCAGUGCUACAUAUUGACCCAAGACCUCAAAUACGAUGACAUCAAAAAACCAUGUUCCGGAAAACCAACCAGCAAAGCUCACGAACAAUUUGGUUACUGCCAAGCUGGGACGAGCGGUAUUUUAACUCCAGAAGAUCGUGUUGUUAUUGGGACUCCUGGGCCACACACUUGGCGAGGUACUAUGUACGUUUUCACAGUGUCUGAUGAAUUUUUACAGCGUGACAACACUGUGUACAAUGCACCUAUGCAAGACGCAUCACCAGUCAAUAAAUACAGUUACUUGGGAAUGUCAGUGACUGUUGGAAACUUCUUUGGAAAAGGUCUAGCAUACGCUUCCGGUGCUCCAAGAUCUAAUGGAACUGGACAAGUUGUAAUUUUAACUCGCCAACAUUCUCGUCCUGACAUGGAUGUCGCCCUUAUUCUUAACGGCGAACAAUUUGCUUCGAGUUUCGGAUACGAAAUUGCCGCUGCUGAUGUUAAUGGUGAUAAAAAUACCGAUUUGAUUGUCUCCGCUCCGUUUUAUUUCAACAAAGCAGAAGGCGGUGCUGUCUAUAUAUACACUUCGCUAUGCAGACACAAUAAAGAUAGCGAUAAAUGUAAACCUACUAAGUUAGUAGGUCGUGAAGAGUCGCGAUUUGGAUUCGCGUUGACUAAUUUACGGGAUUUAAAUAAAGAUGGAUAUGAAGAUAUUGCUAUUGGUGCACCCUAUGAGGGUAAAGGUACUGUGUACAUUUAUUUGGGAUCUAAAUCAGGUAUAAUCACGACACCUUCACAAGUUAUACAUGCAGAGGAUACUCCUGUACCUUUACGUACAUUCGGUUAUUCACUUAGCGGCGGAAUUGAUAUGGAUAAAAACGGCUACCCUGAUUUAUUAAUCGGUGCUUAUGAUAAUGACGCCGUGGCUCUGCUUCGAGCUAGAAAAAUAAUUGAUAUUACAACUUCCGUUCGUUAUGCUCGUAAAGAUGGUACUUAUCAAGAAAAAAUAGAAGCUGUAGAUCCAAAUAAAAUUGGCUGCUCAGCAGAUCCAACAUCUAAUCAUACGUGCUUUGCUUUUGAAGCAUGUUGCAAAACUGAAUCAUUAACUCGUAAUGAAGGUAUGGUAAAUCUUAAACUUAAUUAUCAUAUUGAAGCUGAAACUUAUUCAGGCGUUAAAAAGUUCUCUAGAGUAUGGUUUGGAUUCGGGAAAAACAAACCACAUUAUAUUAAUCGUACGGUAACAUUAGAUCCGACAAAAUCUAUGCACUGUCAACGUGAAAUUGUUUAUUUGAAAGAGAAUACACGUGAUAUUCAAUCGCCAAUUAAAUUCCGUUUGAAUUAUACGCUGAUACAAGAAGAGCCAGUAAUGCCACGUGAAGGCAAUCCGUUGCCUGAUAUAAAUAAUUAUCCUAUAUUAAAUCAACAAGAGGCUGCGAGGAUAUUUGAAGCAACGUUCCAGAAAGAUUGCGGUGAUAAUGAAAUAUGUGAAAGUGAUUUACAAGUCGACGCAAAAUUGAAUUUAUCAGCGUCGGUUGUCAAGCCAAACUUUUAUGAAUUAUUGUUAGGUGAAGUUGAAGAAGUUGUUGUAGACGUAAGCGCAGUAAAUAUUGGAGAGUCAGCUUACGAAGCGCAAUUAUUUAUCAGUCAUUCACCUAGUCUUAAUUAUAUUGCAAGCAAAAGUAAUGAGUCUAUUAUUUGUAAUCUCCACAAUUCAACUCUGGUUAUUUGUUCAAUUGGAAAUCCAUUUAGAAAAGACAAUGCUGUUAAUGUUCAAGUGAGAUUUGACCCAAAAGGAGUUGAAGACAAUGAACCGCAAUUAAAUUUCGUAAUUUUUGCUAAUUCAACUUCCAAAGAAGUCCAAGAAAAGCAACCAAUACGCUUGCAAGCAAUCGUACUGAAGCGCGCAGAAUUGUCAAUAAAAGGAAGUGCCAAAACACAGUGGGCUUACUAUGGAGGUCCUAUUGUCGGUGAGUCUGCGAUAAAACACUUGAAUGAAGUUGGUCCUAAGGUCUCGCACUUGUAUGAAGUCUUCAAUGAAGGCCCCUGGAAAGUAAGGACCGUUGAAGUUGUUAUUUCAUGGCCUUACGAGGUUGCUAAUGACAAAAAACACGGUAAGUGGCUACUGUAUCUCGAAGAAAUGCCGACAGUUAGUCACGCUGGGGAUGGAGAGUGUAUUUUACCGACUGGUUACGUUGUUAAUCCACUAAAGUUGCUUGGCAGUGUUAGUUACGAUGAUUUGGAUCCGUUUCCUUCAACCACGAGCUCUCCGGUUAAUUAUUACCGUAAUCGGACAAUUAAUCACAUCAGAGACCGCCGGGAUAUUGAAAAGGUCGUUAGUACGAGGAUGAUGACAGAUCGCGAUGGACAUUCACGUCAAAUUGUUUCUAUGAAUUGUAAAACGGGAACAGCUAAAUGCUUUGAUAUUCGAUGCAUUAUUUAUAACUUACAACGUAAACAAGAGGCGACAAUUACUGUGAAGGCAAGGUAUGUAUUUUUAAACAGUGUAUUCAUCAUACAUUUGUUGUUUAAUGAACUGUGGAAUUCAACGCUUGUCGAGGAUUAUCCGAAGGUUGACCAGGUAAAAAUAGGCUCAAACGCAAAAAUUGUUAUCCCACCGAGCAUUGAAAUUCAGCAAGAAAAUUUGAAAAACGACCAUGCUACGGCUGAAACGAUAGCGUAUCCAGAUCUAGGCGACCAACAAGACAGUGAGCCGGUGCCUAUUUGGAUAAUAAUUGUCGCCAUUUGUGCUGGUUUAUUAUUACUAAUACUGCUGACAUUAAUUUUAUGGAAACUAGGGUUCUUUAAAAGACGUAGGCCCGAUCCUACUUUGUCCGGUAACUUAGAAAAACAUAGAGACGAUAAUCCAGAACACGAAGCGCUAUUCAAACACUAAUUUUAAGGAAAAAAAGAAUUUUUUAAAAAGAGAAGAUUAUCCCAAGUGAAAACUUCCAGUGAACAAAAAAAAAAAAUAAGGUAGCACAAAAUAGCUAUCUUAAUUGCAUUUUAUACUUAUAUAUAUAUAUAUUUAUAUUUAUAAUUCGUGGAAUUAUUUAAACAUCAAGUGUUCUUCGGAAGACUGCAUUAUCUCUGUGUUACUUACGUGGCCGUAUGUAUUUAUACUCGAGGUUUAAUUUAACUUUAUUAACUGAUUAAUUAUUAAUUAUAGUAAUUAAUAAUUAUGCCUUGCAUUUAAGUGAUAUAACGAAUAUACUUAUAUUUAAUAUAGAGGCGAUAUUGACGGGAGAGUUUUAUAAAUAUUCGAUUGUUUUAAAACACUGGGUGCUGGACGGGUCAGUGUAUAAAUUUUUAUUUCUUGUCAAAGAUUCAAUGGUGCUAAAUGUUUUUUGAUAUAAUUUUUUUUUAUUAACACAACAAUAGAUUUAGUGUCUCUUCACUAAAGACUGAUGAUAAACGAAUCUACUCCCGUACAUCUGGCUAUUGAUUAUUGAUACAAAAUAUUUAUAGUUUAAAAAACAAAUUAUUUUUUAAAAAAUUAUACAUCUUCCUCAAUAUCGUUUUUUAAUCAUAAUCAUCAACCCUUCAUUUGUUAUAUAAGUUACAUAACAUUGGCACUUAGUCUUAUUUUUUAGCAAAAAAACAAUCUAGUGAGUGUACUAGAGUAUUUUUAUAAAAAAAUUUUUAAUUAUAGGUAAUUAUUAAAGGCAGCGUUAUAUUGAAUAAUUUGAUACUAAAAUUAUUUCGAAUUAACGAUGAAAAAAUUUUACUAGAUUAUUUUUUUAGAAUUAUAAGAAUAUUAUAGGCAAAAAUUUUAUUAAUUUAGAUUCGAAAGAAAUAAAAAAA